CUGGCCGAGAAAACCGGCAUCUGCAAGAUCCGACCCCCCAAGGACUGGCAGCCUCCAUUUGCAUGUGAAGUACAAAACUUUCGUUUCACCCCACGGGUCCAGCGCUUGAAUGAACUGGAGGCAAUGACCAGAGUGAAACUGGACUUCUUGGAUCAGUUAGCAAAAUUUUGGGAACUUCAAGGUUCCACUUUAAAAAUUCCUGUGGUGGAGAGAAAAAUCUUGGAUCUGUAUUCUCUGAGCAAGAUUGUCGCCAGCAAAGGAGGCUUUGAGGUGGUCACUAAAGAGAAGAAAUGGUCCAAAGUGGCUAGUCGACUAGGCUACUUGCCAGGAAAAGGCACUGGAUCGCUGCUGAAGUCACACUAUGAAAGGAUACUGUACCCCUAUGAACUCUUCCAGUCUGGGGUUAGCCUUAUGGGCAUCCAAAAGUCAAACUUGGACAUUAAGGAAAAAGUGGAGGCAGAGGACCUCGGCUCUGAUGCCCAGGCUUCCACAAAGCAGGGCACAAGAAUGAACGUUGUGCUGAAGAGAACCAGACGCAUCAAAUCCCAGGCAGAGGCAGGAGAGAUGAGUAGAAAUGCUGAGCUGAAGAAGCUGCAGAUCUUCGGAGCUGGACCCAAGAUGGUGGGACUUGCAUUGGGAGCGAAGGAUAAAGAAGAUGAAGUGUCUCGAAGACGCAAAGGUACCAAGUCAGAAGCAUUUGGCAUGCAGAUGAGGCAGCGUAAAGGGACAAUUUCUGUCAACUUUGUUGAUCUGUAUGUGUGCUUGUUUUGUGGCCGGGGAAACAAUGAGGACAAACUGCUACUGUGUGAUGGAUGUGAUGAUAGCUACCACACUUUUUGCCUGAUUCCCCCUUUGCCCGAUGUGCCCAAGGGUGACUGGAGAUGCCCGAAAUGUGUUGCUGAGGAAUGUAACAAACCGCGUGAGGCCUUUGGAUUUGAGCAGGCUGUCAGGGAGUACACGCUCCAGAGCUUUGGAGAGAUGGCAGAUAACUUCAAGUCUGAUUAUUUCAACAUGCCAGUCCACGUGAAUUACACGGAUUUUUUUUUUCCUCUGCAGGUUGAUCUGUAUGUGUGCUUGUUUUGUGGCCGGGGAAACAAUGAGGACAAACUGCUACUGUGUGAUGGAUGUGAUGAUAGCUACCACACUUUUUGCCUGAUUCCCCCUUUGCCCGAUGUGCCCAAGGGUGACUGGAGAUGCCCGAAAUGUGUUGCUGAGGAAUGUAACAAACCGCGUGAGGCCUUUGGAUUUGAGCAGGCUGUCAGGGAGUACACGCUCCAGAGCUUUGGAGAGAUGGCAGAUAACUUCAAGUCUGAUUAUUUCAACAUGCCAGUCCACAUGGUUCCCACUGAGCUGGUGGAGAAGGAGUUCUGGCGACUCGUGAGCAGCAUUGAGGAGGAUGUCAUUGUGGAGUAUGGUGCUGAUAUUUCAUCCAAGGACUUUGGAAGUGGCUUUCCUGUGAAGGAUGGCUGUCGAAAGAUGAUGCCAGAGGAGGAGGAAUAUGCACUUUCUGGUUGGAACCUGAAUAACAUGCCAGUGUUGGAACAGUCAGUCCUUGCUCACAUCAAUGCAGAUAUCUCUGGCAUGAAGGUGCCCUGGCUGUAUGUAGGGAUGUGCUUCUCCUCUUUCUGCUGGCACAUUGAGGACCACUGGAGCUAUUCCAUCAAUUACUUGCACUGGGGAGAGCCCAAGACAUGGUAUGGUGUGCCCUCUCAUGCAGCAGAACAACUGGAGGAGGUGAUGAGAGAGUUGGCUCCUGAACUGUUUGAGUCUCAGCCUGAUCUCCUGCAUCAGCUUGUCACCAUCAUGAACCCCAAUGUGCUGAUGGAGCAUGGUGUACCCGUGUACAGGACCAAUCAGUGCGCUGGUGAGUUUGUUGUGACUUUUCCUCGUGCUUAUCACUCCGGAUUUAACCAGGGCUACAACUUUGCUGAGGCUGUGAAUUUCUGCACUGCGGACUGGCUUCCCAUUGGACGUCAGUGUGUGAAUCAUUAUCGACGACUAAGGCGUCACUGUGUCUUCUCGCAUGAGGAGCUGAUCUUCAAGAUGGCAGCAGAUCCAGAGUGUUUAGAUGUGGGGCUUGCUGCCAUGGUCUGCAAGGAAAUGACUCUCAUGACAGAGGAGGAAACACGCUUAAGGGAGUCAGUUGUGCAGAUGGGAGUGCUGAUGUCAGAAGAGGAGGUGUUUGAACUGGUUCCAGAUGAUGAGCGUCAGUGUGCAGCUUGCAGGACGACUUGCUUCUUGUCUGCUCUUACUUGCUCUUGUAAUCCAGAGCGGCUCGUAUGCCUGUAUCAUCCGACUGAUUUGUGUCCCUGUCCCAUGCAGAAAAAGUGUCUCAGGUACCGGUACCCAUUAGAGGACCUCCCUUCUCUUCUGUAUGGAGUGAAAGUUAGAGCACAGUCCUAUGACACUUGGGUCAGUAGAGUUACAGAAGCACUGGCUGCCAACCUCAACCACAAGAAAGAUGUGAUUGAGUUGAGAGUGAUGCUGGAGGAUGCAGAAGACCGGAAGUAUCCAGAGAAUGAUCUUUUUCGCAGGCUCAGAGAUGCUGUGAAAGAGGCAGAGACCUGUGCUUCAGUGGCACAGCUACUUCUGAGCAAAAAGCAAAAACACAGCAAGCUGAGCCCAGAUAGCGGGAGGACUAGGACCAAGCUGACAGUGGAGGAGCUGAAAGCAUUUGUCCAACAGCUAUUCAGCCUUCCAUGUGUCAUCAGCCAGGCCCGACAAGUAAAGAACCUUUUGGAUGAUGUGGAGGAAUUCCAUGAGCGUGCUCAAGAAGCCAUGAUGGAUGAGAUCCCAGAUUCUUCCAAGCUGCAAAUGUUGAUAGACAUGGGCUCUGGCCUCUAUGUGGAACUUCCGGAACUGCCUCGGCUGAAGCAAGAGCUUCAGCAGGCACGUUGGCUGGAUGAGGUGAGGUUGACUCUCUCAGAUCCUCAGAGGGUCACGCUGGAUGUGAUGAAGAAGCUGAUUGACUCGGGUGUGGGUCUCGCACCACAUCAUGCUGUAGAAAAGGCCAUGGCUGAGCUGCAGGAGCUGCUUACAGUGUCUGAGAGAUGGGAAGAGAAGGCCAAGGUCUGCCUGCAGGCAAGACCACGACAAAGUAUGAUGGCCCUGGAAAGCAUUGUGAACGAAGCCAAGAACAUUCCAGCUUACCUGCCCAAUGUGUUGGCACUGAGAGAAGCCCUGCAACGAGCUAGAGACUGGACAUCCAAAGUGGAGGCCAUUCAGAAUGGUAGCAACUAUGCCUAUCUGGAGCAGCUGGAGAACUUGUCGGCAAAAGGCCGUCCAAUACCAGUACGUCUUGAUGCGCUGCCACAGGUGGAGUCACAGGUAGCAGCAGCCCGUGCCUGGAGGGAGCGCACGGCGAGGACUUUCUUAAAGAAGAACUCAAGCUACACCCUGUUACAGGUUCUGAGCCCCAGGAAUGAUAUUGGGAUUUAUGGAAGCAGUAAGAAUAGAAGGAAAAGGGUGAAGGAAUUAAUGGAGAAGGAGAGAGACCUUGAUCUGGAAUCCCUGAGUGAACUGGAGGAUGGGCUGGAGGAGACCAGGGACACUGCAUCUGUGGUGGCAUUAUUCAAGGACCGGGAACAGAAGGAGAUUGAAGCCAUGCAUGCCCUCAGGGCCGCUAACCUAGCUAAGAUGACCAUGGUGGAUCAUAUAGAGGAAGUCAAGUUCUGUAUCUGUCGCAAAACGGCUAGUGGGUUCAUGCUACAGUGUGAGCUCUGCAAGGAUUGGUUUCAUAGCAGCUGUGUGCCCCUCCCCAAAACUAGCACCCAAAAGAAGGGUUCCAGCUGGCAGGCCAAAGAAGUCAAGUUCCUGUGCACACUCUGCAUGCGUUCUCGAAGGCCCCGACUUGAAACCAUCUUAUCUCUGCUGGUAUCCCUGCAAAAACUUCCUGUACGGCUUCCUGAGGGGGAGGCAUUGCAGUGCCUGACAGAACGUGCCAUGAGCUGGCAGGACCGAGCACGGCAGGCUCUGGCCACUGAUGAACUGUCCUCUGCUUUGGCCAAGCUUUCUGUUCUCAGCCAGCGCAUGGUGGAGCAGGCGGCCAGGGAGAAAACAGAAAAGAUAAUCAGUGCAGAGUUACAGAAAGCAGCAGCUAACCCUGACUUACAGGGUCACCUGACUAGUUUCCAGCAAUCAGCUUUUAACCGUAUAAUAGGGAGUGUGUCGUCAUCCCCACGGCAAACCAUGGACUAUGAUGAUGAAGAAACAGAUUCUGAUGAAGACAUCAGGGAAACCUAUGGUUAUGACAUAAAGGAUAAUGCCAGUGUGAAAUCUUCAAGCAGCCUGGAACCCAAUCUGUUUUGUGAUGAGGAGAUCCCCAUCAAAUCAGAGGAAGUGGUAACACACAUGUGGACAGCUCCAUCAUUCUGUGCCGAACAUGCAUAUUCAUCUGCUUCCAAAAGUUGUCCUCAAGGUUCUAGUACCCCAAGGAAACAGCCCCGGAAAAGCCCCCUGGUGCCUCGUAGUUUGGAACCUCCUGUGCUUGAGCUGUCAUCUGGUGCUAAGUCUCAGCUUGAAGAUCUAAUGAUGAUAGGAGAUCUGUUGGAGGUAUCUUUGGAUGAGACCCAACAUAUCUGGAGGAUUUUACAGGCCACGCAUCCACCCUGUGAAGACAGAUUUCUUCACAUCAUGGAGGAUGACAGCAUGGAUGAGAAACCAUUGAAAAUGAGACCAAGAGAUUCUUCUGAGCGGAAACGGAAGCGGAAACUGGAGAGGGUAGAGCAGUUCUUCGGAGAAGUGAAGCAGAAGUCUAAAGAGCUGAAGAAACUGGAGAAACCCAAAAAGAAAAAGCUGAAACUAACCCUGGACAAGACAAAAGAGUUGAACAAGUUGGCCAAGAAGCUAGCCAAAGAAGAGGAGCGGAAAAAGAAGCGAGAGAAAGCAGCUGCAGCAAAAGUGGAGCUGACAAAGGAGAACACAGAGAAAAAGAGAGAGAAAAAAGUGCUGGACAUCCCAUCUAAGUAUGAUUGGUCAGGAGCUGAGGAGUCUGACGAUGAGAAUGCUGUGUGCGCGGCACAGAACUGCCAAAGGCCCUGCAAGGAUAAGGUAGACUGGGUGCAGUGUGAUGGAGGCUGUGAUGAGUGGUUUCAUCAAGUUUGUGUUGGUGUGUCUCCAGAAAUGGCAGAGAACGAGGAUUACAUCUGUAUGAACUGUGCAAAGAAACCGAUGCAGGGCCCAAGUAGCCCCGCUCAUGCACCACCUCCCCCCUUCUUACUGAGCUACAAGCUACCAAUGGAAGAUCUCAAGGAGACAAGUUAGCAACUACUCAGUUUUUCUGGGACUUGGGGAAAAUGGACCACCGAGACCCUACUGAAAGAGGGUGUUUGAAGCUAAUGUAGCCACUCAGCCUCACUACCAAGGAUGUACAGGCCUUCAGCAGAGAUGGUCCCUUAUUGUUGGCUUCCUCUGUACAGUGGGGAUGUCGGAGGCACAGUGGUUCCAACCAAUCAAUGCAGAUAUCACCUCUGUGGGAGUUCCAGCCAAAAUUUUAAGUGACAAGUGUUUCCAGCUGAGUGUGGGUGCUGCCUUCAGAGGCUGAGCAGACAUGAGACUGUUAGAUUAGACACUUGGGUGUGUUAGAAGUGCGUCUGUGAAACGGGAAGUUGAGUUGGCUUGGAAUUAGCAGCCGUUGGCUGGAGCGCUCAGCCCUAGAAGGGUGCCUCAUGGAGUUAUAUUGUCCACGCAGAGAUUUGGAAGUUACCUUCAGCCCAGUGGUGUCUCCAUACUGACUGAGCCAACAGGGAAGUGUAUGGCGAUACCGAACCUGCCUCAGUGGCCAGGCAGCUCACACUACAUUACGGGGAUGGAAGGGAGUGGCUGAAUAUGUUUCUAUUUUGUAGUUAGAGGGCAAAAGAGAGCAGUUUCAGAAAUCAGCACUGGUUCUGUUUACCAAAAAGACACCCAGCCCUACCCCACCACGUACAUUUCCCUGCCGGGGAAAGUCAAUCUCCCCAUCCUGAGGAGGGCCACAACGCAUCAGUCAAGAUGUCAGUCUGUGCCAGAGCUUGGAAAGCAAAAAGCACUUUCCCUCACUGCCGGUGUCACCUCUCCUGUUCUAGGCAUUGUUAGUGUUCCAUGCUCCUGCAUAUUACAGUUGUCUGACACAGGCUGAAGAUGGUGGAAAGAUACAGCAACAUGAUCUGUGCCCAGGGUCUGGGAGGAAUGAGGACUGCCCUCUUACCUCACAGGUUACCCUGACGUGCUUCUGUGAAAACUUACACUCACAGUAUUUCCAGUAUCACAAGGCUACAGGUGUGGUCUCAAGCGAUACCAGCAAACAGUCUGCAGAUACUGAUGGCAGUGCAGAUCCCCUCCCUGCUGGCUUUGCUGGAUACCAGCCUACAAUCAGCAGCAGAUCUUGGUGGAAGUUGCCCCUGGCUUUGCCAGAGGACUGAGGGUGUGGGGUUAUCCGGGUGACAGUUGUUUUAGUAAAUCCAUUUUUUAAAAAGGA